AUGAGUUUUCCAUGGAUGGAAAACCUUGUGCGGCUGCCAUUUCCAAACUUGGACAACUCGACAGACGUAGAAGAUGCUUUAGCAAAGUAUCCACCAGCACUCAGACCUUUCAUAAAUGCUACCGCCAUCAAUGCAAGGAAUCGCAAGAACAGCACUGAGGAUGAAGUGAUAACUGACGAAGACAUAGCUGACAUGCCAGAUGAUGACGAGCACCCCAAGGUGAACACUGCUCACUUUGAUGGAAAGAAAACUACAAUCACUAUAUCCACCGAUGCGGGUUUGAAUCUUUACCAGCAUUGGCUCGAUCAGGCUAUGUCCGGUUUGAUGGCGGCUGUGGCCACGAAGAAGCUAGAAAGUGUGCCCGAGUAUCUGCGAGCAGCUCAUCACACUUGUGCGAAAAGGGCCACAACAGUGCAAGCCCAUGCAAAAUGUAGGAUGCGACAAACUUAUGCUGCAAAAGCGGCAAUGUUGAAACGAAGAGAACAAAAAUUUCGAAAAUUCGAUCAGAAACAGUUCUUUGUCCAGGAAGAACUUGGAAGAAAAGUUUUGAAAACAAGAUUUCAGCAGCGUAUAUAUCCAAACUCUCAAACAAGCGGAAAACUGGAUUCUAAGGAGACAUACGGUCUGCAACCGAAAGAGUACUUUCCAAAUGAGGAUGGUUGGGUUGGCUCUUUCAAGAUGCGAGCAAAACGCUCUGUUGAGAAGCCCUACGAAAAUCGGCGACGGAUGGCUGUCAAACCAACUGCGAAGAAGAACUACAACCUUUUAGACGGCUCCAAAACGUCUCCUCUUGCACUGCUUGCGAAGAAAUUAGUGCACACGGUUCGCAGCUUCAAAAGCAAAGACAAAGAAUAUAAGAGUUGGCAGGAAGUAGUUAGUGAAAUAAAGGAAGAAGGCAGAAAACUGAAGCAGAAGCAAAAGGUGAAAAAAAUGUUGGAGCAACGAUUCGAGCUUUUCAACAAUGCACUUCGUGAUGAGGGUUUGAAUAAGGCGAUGAUCAAAAAACUUGAUGUGUUUGGUGACGAUAAAGAGGAUGCAGAGAUGGAGACGCUCAUGCGGAAAGCGAAGAAGCAAGAGCAAACGUUGAAUAAAGAGGACAAGAUGAUGCAGGAGCCUGUGAAGCUUGUUCGUGAAGGCUUGAAAUUGGGAAUGAUGAUGACUGGGCGGAAUGUUUCCAAUUUCGACAAACAAAAUGUGAAGUUGAUCUCGCCGCGGCUACUUUCGCUUGUUCCCGAAGGAACAGAAGAUGAUGUUGUCAACUUGCUUUCUCCUUCGCUCUUUUCCUUGCACAAUGAAGGCAAAGGUAUUGAAGAUGAGCUGAGUUUGGCGAAGGCUUUCAAACUUUUCGACGAACAAGGACAUGAGGAAUGGUUAAACUUUGUUAUUGAAGCUUCAGGAGUUUCCGAUGCUCUUUCAAAAAUGAAGGAUGCUAAUGCAGCGGCCGAAAGGAGACAGUUGGACGAACAAUUCCGCAAUGACGAAGGCCAACCUCUAUACUUUACCAAAGAGAAUGUGACUGAAAUGUACGGUCCUGGUGAGAAGAGAAAAAUCGACGUUUUUGAGGAGCUGCAGAGGUCGCUCUCGAAGCAGCAGCUUGAGGAACAGGAGAAGCAUGGAUACUCUCUCAUGACAAAGGAACAAAUGUUGCUACUCUACGGCCCGGCUUCUCCAUACAACUGUUCUGAAACAUUGAAGCGGUUGCGAGAUGUGAAUGCUAAUAAUAGCGACCACCUUAUUCAAAAUGAAAUUCGCCUUAUUGCGGAGGCUAAACAGUGGAAACUGAGGCAGAAAGAUAUUGUGCUAAUGCCGUUGGUGAGAAGUCCCUUAUUAAUAGCUAACGCUCCAAUUCUUUCGCAGCCUGUUAUACUUUCGCCACUAGUGUUUUCUCCCUCAAUUCUCACUCCUGCUGUGUUGGGUCCUGUGAUUCUGGGUCCUUGGGUGUUCAUCCCAGUAAUCUUAUCCCCCCGUCUAUUAUCGCCGCUGAUCGUCAAUCCGCUAAUUUUUUCGCCAAUUAUCCUCUCUCCUCUGGUUCUGCAUCCGCUUAUUCUUGCACCGGGGAUUUUCAACCCCCUCAUUCUCUCUCCGCUACUGCUGUCACCCUUUAUCUUGUCACCCCAGGUUUUCACACCCCUCAUACUCACUCCGUUCGUUUUGAAUCCAAUUAUUCUGACGCCGGGUGUCGGAACUCCACUAAUUCUAUCGCCAUUUGUGCUCUCUCCAAUUAUUCUAUCACCGCAAUCCAUUCGGCGUGUGAGCUUGUCUGCAGCGAAAUAUCCUACUGAGUUCAUGAGCUUACGAGGAGAUGGAGGAUGGCGCCUACCUGAAGCCUGGGGUGCUAUGAGCCUCAACUCCAAAUCGAUUCCUGAUGCUCCGCACAAACCAACACAACAGAAGCUUACGAGCUGUAGUUUCCCAGUUAACAAACUCCUGCAAGUCUCUGCACAACGGCAAAAGAGGAGCACAUCAGAAGCCUCGCUUCGUACGCGGUCUUAUUGA